AUGCAGCACUGCAGUGCCAUGGAAACGUCGAAACUGAUGCGAGACUCUCCAGUAAAUCUAGGAAACCUCGUGGACAAUAUCAUCAAACAACAUCUGAGGGCCUUGGUAAACGCAUUGCAACGUGGAAUUCAUUGUUAGUCACCACCGUUCUAUCAAAGGUCACGUCUGAUACAGUCUGGCAGUGGCAGCUCACCCUCAAGGACAAGGAAAUGCCCACCUAUACAGAGCUCCUGGAAUUUCUGGAGAAGCGGGCUAACUGCUGCGUGAUAAAACAGAAGAUUCCCAUAAAACAAUCUGGAUCCGACAGAACACGGCCUCCGCGACAAAGUACAUUCGUGACCAAAACCGCAGUGCCCGGUCUGCGAAGACACACACGGAGUCUGGGCAUGUCAAAGGUUCAGAGACAAGGGGUAACUGCUUGCGCGAUAGUCACACAAUCGAGCAGUGUCAAUCAGGGUAGGGCCGAGUUUGCCACCGACGACAUCACACGCUGCUACACAUGCCCGGAGAAGCAACAGUAA